AUGGUCCCAGACACAAACAGCAGAGACCACCAGACCAUCACCACAGAGGCAAGAGAGAGGAGUACCAUCACAGAGUACUUGGGGCUAGCAGCUACAGACAGACAGAUAGUCCAGAGAGAAGAACACAGAGAUACCAAGACAGACAGACAGACAGAGGAGUCUGAGAAACUAACGGAGGUGAUUAAACCGAUAGAAGGACAGAACUUUACCCACACAGAACAGUGAUAAUGCAGGUGUGUACCGUUCUUGAGAAGCGUGCUGGGGCUGUGGUGGGGGCUGAGCUGGCCUGCAGCGUACGGGAGGAGAACCAGGCUCAGAGGGAGAGCUACAAAGCCGACUGGAACAGUGUUAACAUGAAGACCCGGGCCAUGGACAGGCAGACAAUGAACAUGAAUGAUGACUCUUGUCGGGAGACCUACACUAGGCAGUGGGAGGCUCGCUCCCUGGCCCAGGCCUGUCCCUGUGGGGUUUACAGAGUGGGCACCAUGGAGAGGGGUGUGAGGGAGCACCAGCUCCUGCCCAAGAGGAACACCUUGCCCCUGCCCAUCUUCACCCCUGCACAGCUGGGCAUCCGGCUGGGUCGUGGAGCACCACACACCCAGGAGGACCUCCGUCCCUUCCCCAUCCCCGACGGUGCCUGCCCUGGCAAGAAGGCAGUGGUCGAAAUCACACAGGACCUGCCCCCCGUCAAGCCACUCAAGAUGGAGUUCGCAAAGGUGCCCAGAGCAUUGGGCCGCUCCGUGUCACAGGAGGUCCAGAGAGGGUGAAGGAAGAGGAGAGGAAGGAGAGAAGCUGAAAGAAUGGAUGUUAGGGAUAAAGGUUAAUUGUGGGGCUCAGCCCAUCAGAAAACAGCAUGGAGGGACGUAUAUAGAUGUAUUCUUAGUGACAUUUAUUCCAUCUCUAUUCCCUAGUAAAGCCGUCACACAGGGCAUACCUUUCCUGUUUCAUUAGGUAUUACAUGUAUACUAUGGAUAUGUCCAAUGUCAUACUGUUUGUUAUACAAGGUAUUGUUUGCUUAGAGAUCUGAUAGCAUCUUUUGAUUGACAGAAAGGCAGACAAAUGCUCUGGGGUGUGUUCUUUCAGCUGUGCCAUAAGCUAAUCUCCCUGCUGACUGGAAAAGACCAGACUGGCCUUGUGGCCUUGUCACUUCUAUACACUGAAUGAACUGCCCCUGCCCCCCUGUCUGGCUGAAGCCAGUUGCGGAUAGGCCACAUAGCAUAGUAUGGCAUUCUGACCGCAUUGUAUGCAGUGGUACAUUUUACCCCACUUGUCAUACAAUGGCAAUGACACUUCACAGUAUUAGACUGCAGGAUGUUUUAUAUCCUAAACCAAUGUAUGUAUGAAGAUGAAUUUAUUGGUAUAUUCAUGUGGAAUGACCAUGCACAGAUGAGGGAGGUGAGAGAAGGGAAAUACGAAGAUAUCAAAGAUGCUUCAAAAGUGACACAGUGAGAGAGAGCAGAAGAUAAUUGGAACUGAAAAAGAAAGUGGGCACAGAGGGAGAGGUGGGCUCAACAUACCUUGGCAUCCAGCCCUCUCUUUUGUAACAAUGGAGAGCUGGUGAGCCUCCAGACCUCCAGAAGUCAUUGACACACUCUAAUCCUGGGUGAGAGGACAGAACGG